AAAUUCUCCUCUUCCUCCUUCCCUCUUUCGUCCUCAAAAAGCCUAACCGCAAAAUUCACAAACCCUAGAUCGAGAUUCUCAAUGGCGGGAAGAGGAAAGGCGAUUGGAUCCGCAGCGUCGAAGAAGGCGACUUCUAGGAGCAGCAAGGCUGGGCUCCAAUUCCCCGUUGGUAGGAUCGCUAGGUUCUUGAAGGCGGGAAAAUACGCUGAGAGGGUUGGCGCCGGUGCUCCGGUGUAUCUCGCCGCUGUGCUCGAGUAUCUCGCUGCUGAGGUUUUGGAGCUUGCUGGAAACGCAGCAAGAGACAACAAAAAGACCAGAAUCGUACCAAGACACAUUCAAUUGGCAGUGCGGAAUGACGAGGAGCUCUCGAAACUCUUGGGCACUGUCACUAUUGCCAAUGGUGGAGUGAUGCCCAACAUUCACAAUCUCCUCCUCCCAAAGAAGGCUGGAGGCUCAUCAAAGUCUGCUGCUGAUGACGACAGUUGAAGAAGUCUUCCAUUUUUCCCCCUUUCUUUUGUAGAUUUUACUGUUGGUGAUAGUCUAAUGUUUGUUGGUCUUAGAUUUAGGGUUGUUGCUCUUAAAUCUGUGUUUGUAAGUUUGGUGAUAAUCCGUGGAAUGAAAUUAAAAUUCUUAUCAUCCAAGAAGGUUUUUUUUACA